AUGGCAUCGCUCAAUAUGUCGUUGUUCUACGUUUUUACUCAUUCUUUCACUCUUUGGCCGGACGCAUAUGAUUGUCCAGAAGGACUGGACCAGUCAGAAGAAAAAUGGCCAAUUUUGGGGUCGUAUCUCAUUGUAUCCGGGAUAGUGUUUCUAAUACUGUAUCUUCCCUCAUUUUUCGUGAUAAUUCGCUUCAAAUCACGGACCCCAGCUUUCCAGCUUAUGCUCAUUCUUGUAGUUUUUGAUUUCACAAACCUUAUUAUCAAUUCUCUGAUAACUGGAAUACUUGCUCUAACUGGAACUUCAUUCUGCCAGUAUCCACGAUUUUUCUUCAUAGUUGGUGCUAUUGCCGUAGGCGCUUGGUUUGGUGACUGCUUAGCAUGUGUUCUACUCGCUAUUGAAAGAUGUGUUGAAGUGAAUUCCAACUUUUUGUUUGCAUUCAUUUUCGGAAGACGCGUUUUCUAUUUUGUCACCAUUAUUUUAAUUGUGUAUGCAAUUUAUGGUAUGGUUUUUACGGUGCCAGUAAUUUUUACGCCAGAGUUUGGAAGCUAUUUUUAUGAUCCGAUGGUCGGAAAGGAUCCCAAAAUGUAUCAUAAUCUCUCCCAUGCUUUUAACAAUUCUUCAGUGGCAGUUUUAACCACACUUCUCUACUUUUACUUGUGUUCUUACUUGAUAUUCAAGUUUGGCUACUCAACUUCGAUGUGGUUGUAUAAGUCAAAAAGACAGAUAAUAUUACAAGGAGUCGUUCUCUGCUUCUUUCACGGUGUUACUGGAAUAAUUCACGCCUACAUGCAAUACUUCUAUUCACCAUCAUGGAUGAUUGUUCUUGCACAAAUAGUAUGGCAAUGGAGCAAUGGAUGUCUGAGUAUUGUAUACUUAACCCUCAAUCGAACCGUUCGAAAUGCAGUCAUCAAAAUGCUGAUUCCAAAAAAGAUCCGACUACGUCAUGGAUGGCACAUUGGAGCAGAUGAGCAUGUGGCGCUGGAAAAAGCUGUCAAUAAUGCAACUUCCGGAGUAAAUGCAGUUGCCUGUACUGUCGGCAUCAAGUUUAACAAUUACUUUCAAAAUUGA